AGUGCGUCAAGAGGGUAUUUUUGUGGAGUAGCGCUUGUUGUAAGGUAGCCUACGACCUUUACGUCGAUAUAUGGAGGAUGGGAAGACUGCUUCAGCUACUGAUAUUGGCUUUGAUUCUAUUGAUCUGCAUUUAUGUUUUAUUUGUAUGUCAAUUCAACCAAUGCCUACUGAAUGUGUCACCAUCCAAUCAUCUCAAACACAACCACACUAGCUUCACAAGUCAUAGUGGAAUCACCAACAGGACAUUUACACCAACCAAUGACUCCUUAAUAAGUAAAGAGGAAUGGGAAUCUCUGCUCACAGAGCUACAAUGGUCACUACCGCCUGCUUUCCUCUUUUCCACAGAUGAGGCCACAAACCCCACUAAGUGCUCAUUCUCUGUUGUCAACCCCAAUUCAAACCACACAGUUGGAGGGUUUAUAGAUGUGAUUUUGAUAGCUAGAGAUACUAAAAACAGGAUCAAAACCUAUGGAGGGGACUUUUUUCAGGCCAAGUUGUUUAACUCAGAACUUAAGGCCAGUACUUAUGGAGCUGUAACAGACCACUUUAAUGGCACCUACACUGCCCGCUUGGCCCUGCUUUGGCCUGGACCUGCCAAGGUGUCCAUCCGCCUAGUGCACUCCAGCGAGGCCGUGCAGGUACUGUGUAGGCAAAGGGAACAGGACCCAGAUAAGGUCUACUUCCAAGGCUACUUUGAGGAGGGUGGCAAGCAGGAAACGGCGAUAUGCAAUGCCCAGAGAAGUCCUAGGCUGGUGGGAAAUGACGCACAGUGUUGCUGUGAGUACAGAGAGCCAGUCACUGGGGAGACCUGGUUCUGUCGUCGGCCAUCUUCCCUGCCUUGCCGUGCUUUGACCUACCACAGCAUGGGCGGUUACCAGGCAGUACUGUCCAAGUUGGAGACGACCCUUCUUAAGAGGUAGAUACAGUGCCUUCAGAAAAUAUUCAUACCCCUUGACUUUUCCUUUUUUUUGUUACAGCCUAAAUUCAAAAUGGAUGAAAUGGAUUUGUUUUCUGACCCGUCUACACACAAUACCCCAUAAUGACAAAGUGAAAACAUGUUUUUAGACAUUUUGCAAAUGUAUUGAAAAUGAAAUCCAGAAAUGUAAUUUAUGUAAGAUUCACACCCGUUCUGGGUAAGCUUUCCACACCUCAAUUGUGCAACAUUUGCCCAUUAUUCUUUUCAGAAUUCUUCAAGCUCGGUCAAAUUGGUUGUUUAUCAUUGCUAGACAACCCUUUAAAAGUCUUGCCAUAGAUUUUCAAGCAGAUUUAAGUCAAAACUGUAAUUCGGCCACUCAGGAACAUUCACUGUCUUCUUGGUAAGCAACUCCACUAUAUAUUUGGCCUUGUUUUUUAGGUUAUUGUCCUGCUGAAAGGUGAAUUUCCCAGUGUCUGUUGGAAAGCAGACUGAACCAGGUUUUCCUGUAGGAUUUUUCCUGUGCACAGCUCCAUUCCGUUUUGUUAAGGACUCUCCAGCAGUUAUUUUUACGAUAUAUGUUUUUGACAACUGUUACUUUUACUUCACUACAUUCCUGAAGAAAAUAAUGUGCUUUUUACUCCAUACAUUUUCCCUGACACCCAAAAGUACUCCUUAGCAGGACAGGAAAAUGGUCCAAUUCAUGCACUUCUCAAGAGAAGAUCCCUGGUCAUCCCUAUUGCCUGGCGGACUCACUAAACACAAAUGCUUCAUUUGUAAAUUAUAUCUGAGUGUGACCCUGGCUAUCCGUAAAUAAAAAAGAAAACGGUGCCGACUGGUUUGCUUAAUAGAAGUACAUUUAAAUUAUUUAUACUUUACAUUUUGAUACUUAAAUAUAUUUUAGCAAUUACAUUCACUUUUGAUAUUUAAGUAUAUUUAAAACCAAAUACUUUUAGACUUUUAAUCAAUUAGUGUUUUACUUGUUGGCUUUUACUUUUACUUGAGUCAUUUUCUAUUAAGGCAUCUUUACUUUUACUCAAGUAUGACAUUUAGGUACUUUUUUCACAACUGCUCCCCAGGGCUUAAUGAUUACGAGCAUACCCAUAACAUGAUGCAGCCACCACUAUGCUUGAAAAUAUGGAGAGUGGUACUCAGUAAUGUUUUGUUUUGGAUUUUACCUAUACAUAACACUUUGUAUUCAGGACAAAAAUCGAAUUGCUUUGCAGUAUUACGUUAGUGCCUUGUUGCAAACAGGAUGAAUGUUUUGGAAUAUUUAAUAAUGUACAGGCUUCCUUAUUUUCACUCUGUCAAUUAGGUUGGUAUUGUGGAGUAACUACAAUGUUGUUGAUCCAUCCUCAGUUUUGUCCUAUCACAGCCAUUAAACUCUGUAACUGUUUUAAAGUCACCAUUGGCAGGAAGGACAACUGUAUCUUUGUAGUGACUGGGUGUAUUGAUACACCAUCCAAAGUGUAAUUAUUAACUUCACCAUGGACCAUGCUUUUUUAAAUUACCCAUCUACCAUUAGGUGCCCUGCUUUAAGAGGCAUUGGAAAACCUCCCUGGUCUUUGUGGCGAAUCUGUGUUUGAAAUUCACUGCUCGACUGAGGGACCUUAAAGAUAAUUGUAUGUGUGGGGUACAGAGAUGAGGUAGUCAUUCAAAAAUCAUGUUAAACACUAUUAUUGCAUGCA